AUGAAGUCUUUGAAUAUGAACUUGAUGAUGAGUAAAGAACUUUCCAUAAAGAAGCAAUCCAAAUUUGUAAAGGAGCAAUAUAUAGAUGAUAGUCGCCAUCGGGUUCAUCCAAUAUUCAAUGAGGUCAUGUGGCCUACGUCGUCUGUGGCUAACAAGAUCUUGAGGAAGAUGCUGGGCAGCAAUAACAUCGUUGCAGACCUUCCAAAUUAUACAGAGACCAUAUGUGAGCUAGAAGAAACUUCCAGUACUUCUUCAGAUCAAGCUCCGCUCAUCAGUUCCAAGAAAUACAUAACUGAUGAUCAGGACAAACACAAGAUCUUUGUUGGUUCAUGGAAUGUUGGAGGUAUUGCACCGCCUGAUGAUUUGAAUAUGGAAGACUGGUUAUGCACACACACCGACCUUGCUGACAUCUACGUUCUUGGGUUCCAGGAAGUUGUGCCUCUCAAUGCUGGAAAUAUUGUUCUGGGUUCUGAAAACAGCAAGAUUUGCACCAAAUGGAAUUCUCUUAUCAGAGAAGCUCUUAACAAUAGUAUUUCAAAGCAUGUUCCCGAAGAUGAUAAAGUAGGAGAGUUUCAGAAAGUGCACCCCUUGAAGAAUAAUAGGAGUAUCAAUUCUCUUGAUAAAAGCAGCAAUAUUUUUCCACAAUACUUUGAUUAUGUCAUAAGCAAGCAAAUGGUUGGAAUUUUUGUCACUGUUUGGAUUAGAAAUGAUCUCCUUCCAUACAUACAGCAUCCUAGUGUCUCGUGUGUGGGCUGUGGCGUCAUGGGCUACCUAGGAAAUAAGGGAUCGGUCUCGGUUAGGUUUUGCUUGCGUGAAACAAGCUUCUGUUUUGUGUGUAGUCAUCUAGCUUCUGGAGGGAAGGAAGGAGAUGAAAAGAACAGAAAUGCCAACGCUACAGAAAUUCUAUUACGUACAAGAUUUUCUCGUGGCCCUUUGCGCAAUUUGCCACGCAAAAUUCUUAAUCAUGAUCAGGUAAUUUGGCUUGGAGAUUUGAACUACAGGAUAUACCUGCCUGACACCACAACAAGAUCUCUUGUCCAGAAAAAAGAAUGGGACAUUUUGUUAGAAAACGAUCAGCUUAAGGCCGAGCUUAUGGAGGGUCAUGUAUUCCAAGGUUGGCAUGAAGGAAUGAUCGAAUUUGCACCCACUUACAAGUAUUAUCAGAAUUCAAAAGUUUACUAUGGCUGCGAUCAGAAGAGGAAGGGUAAAAAGAAGCGUGCUCCUGCAUGGUGCGAUCGAAUAAUUUGGUUUGGAAAGGGACUGAAGCAGAAAGAAUACAGCAGAGGUGAAUCUAGAUUGUCUGACCACAGACCAGUCCGUGCAAUCUUCAUAGCAGAAACAGAAGUCCUGAGCAAUUCCAGGAGAUUAGGAAGCUCCUUUCCAGGCAGAUUUGAUUGCUUAAGAAGCCAUUUUGAAGAGUGUUUCAAUGAAAAGUUAUCAUGUAAUGACAGAACACUCUCGCAAGAAUAA